UAAAAGUCGCAUUGCCACACUUUUAAAUGCGUUCGCAGAUCUUUGUAAUGUUAUGCUACGCUUACAUUUUGAAUGUUGUUUUUGCCCAAAAUAAACAACACUUACGUAUGAUUAUUGACAUCGCUAAAACUUAAAUUUUUGACAGCAACUUGCUGUCCAAUGUCAUUUGAGCUUCAUAACAAAAGCAAUUUUGCGGAAUCAUAGCAAACAAAUACGAAAUGGAGGUAUUAAAUGCGGUCACACAACAGCAAAUUGGUUUCCAGUCACAAUUUAACUGCAAAGUUAAGGAGCAUUUAACGAAAUUCGUUAUACAUCGUUUUGCCAACAAGUGUGUGGUGCUAGUUACACAGUAUGGUGGUCUCCCAAAUUUAUACACGGUCCAAUUUGAUGCCAACGAUGAACUCGAGAAACGCAUCUCACCGUUGAAUAUGUCCGAGCUACACACAUCGGUGCCGGUGACUAUGAAAUGCUUAUUGGGUGUUGACAAAGUGGAGGUGCGCGCCGGUAUACAGUUUUUAAUUAACAGAACUAAGCUAAGCCAAUGUAAAACUGAAAUUUUAAUAACGCUUGGAUUGAGGGAAACUGACGGAGAUGUGCUUAAAGAAAUAGCAGGUAUUCUGGAUAAACAAGCUUUAUAGUAUAGUAAAAUAUUCGUUUAACCACAAAAAAUAAAUGUUUAUAUACAAUUAAUAUAUAAAUAAAAAUAAAUUUAGUACACAAAUUCAAUUUGUAUAACAAAUUAAAGCGUAUAUUUUUUUAAGUAUGUGUAUGCUUAUAAAACAUUGAAUUGAGAAUCCUCAGAAAAAUGAAAAACAAUGAGCUGAUAAUUGCAAAUUUUUAUUGAGCGAAGCCGUUACAGCGUAAACCAAAAUUAAAAUAGUUUCAACUGGUAGUUCUGAAGAAAACUCCAACUGCACAUAUUUUGGGUUUCGUAUAUAGUAUCUUACAAAAUUAUAGAAAUAUACUAAAUAUUGUACUUUGAAAUCUCUAUAAAACCAAAUACAUAUAUGUUUAAUGCUUAAAACUAAUAUUUUGCUUUUCAUGCUUAAUUGUUUUUUUAAUAUAAAAU